AUGCUUGCCGACAAAGAAGCCCCAUCCCCAAACGAAAACCCUAUCUUUUUCGACCUGCUUUCCAGGGAAGAUAAGAGAGCUUAUUCUACAUUAAGGGCAGAUCUCUGGAGUUUAGAGAAUAAAUUCAAGAGAAACAAAAGAUUAUCAAGUUUGCAAAAAUCAAUCGACCAAAUUCGAGAAUUUUGUAUCAGAAAUGAUUCCGAUGACUGGAAGAGAUGUAUGGUUUGUGGAAUUGUAUGGCUUGGUGAUGAUAUAGCGAUAAACAUCAGGCAAUUAAAAUUGCUCGUUAACAAAUGCAAGUCUUCAAUCAAUGGUGCAUUACUAAAAAUGGGAUUUGAGUCAUCUACAGCUAAGAACGAUGGAUUUAAGAAAUUAUUAGAUUUUAUGCCUUCUCUCCGUGGAAAUUUCAGCGAACAGAGAAUGUGGACUAUUCGUAGAAUGACUCCUUCGAACCCUGUUAUGUUCACACCCAUCCCACAGCAUAUUGAAGUUCCUCAAUUUGGAUUUGAUCCGGCAUUUUCACAAACACCUCAGCCAUUACUCAAAUUAUGCCCUACACAAUUAUACAAUAAGACUGUAGAAGUCUCCCAGCUAUUUGGUACUCAGAAUAAUGAAUUUGUUGUUAAGAAUGAAGAUCCUGUCAAAGUUAAGAAAGAGAAAAAGAUUGUAGAUGGUGUCGAAGUAGUUGAAGAUUGCUGUUGCUGCUGCCCAGACCACUUAAAUGAAGAAGACUUCGCUUUCGAAGAAUUUAAUGAGUUUGUCUAUUUCUAA